GACGAGGAAGCGGCCCAGAAACCGCAGCCGACCGCGACCGCGAACACGACGAGCCCGUCGCCCACCGCGACACGGGUGCAGCUGCCAGCGAUCUCCGUGAGAGAGGCAGCCGAGAAGGGCAACGUGUCGGCGCUUGCGGCGCACCGCAAGGCCGGGGCCAAUUUGUCGGCCGAAUUGCCCGGAAUUUUCUUCGUUGGAUGGACGCCGGCGCACUAUGCCGCAGCAAACAACCGUUCGGCGGCGCUGCGGUACCUCCUCGAGGCCGGAGCAAACAUGGAGGCGGCAGACGAUCUGGGAAACACCCCGCUGCACAUUGCAGCCAGGUAUGGCCGGGUCGGUGCAGCGCGCUUCCUGUUCCAG